UUAUCGACUUCAUGACUUUUCUCUCCCACUUGCGUACUUUGUUUGCGGAAUCACGCUGACAAGAUGUCCUUUGAUCUCUCUUCAGCUCUGGGCCAGGAGGAAGCGGUGACAAAGACCGAGGGAAAGACUGAUGAGCUAAGCUGGCCUUGGAGUAAGAAGAAGGACGACGGCAAAGGCAAAUCGGACGGCAAAGACAAAUCGGGCAGCAAGGACAAAUCGGGCAGCAAAGACAAAUCGGGCAGCAAGGACAAACAUGGCGAUCACAAGUCAGAAGAUGGGAAGAAGAAGAAAAAGUCCCAUAAGGAGGGACACAAAUCCGACAAAUCCUCAUCCUCUUCCUCUUCCAGCAGCAGCAGCAGCGAUGAAAACUGAUGCUUCCUGAGAGACCUAACUGCUAAUCUGCUGCUCUGGCAAUGUGUGUGUGUGUGUACACGUGCGUGUGUGUGUAUACACGCGCUUGUGUGUGUGUGUGUGUGUGUGCGUGUGUGUGUGUGUGUGUGUGUGUGUGUGUGUGUGUGUGUGUAGAUGCAGCCUAUUACUUGUAACACCAUUUGUGGUGUGAACAAAUGUAACCAUCAGGAACAGUCAUUGAUGUGACGACAAGAAACAUACAGUAAGUUAAGUGUGUUUUCACCACAAGAUAGCACUGUUUCCUCCUUUCUGUCUGGCCUUCAUUGCUGAGGAGAUAUUUGCAAUGUUUGAGUUUUGCAAAUAUUUAUGAAAUAAAAUAAUUAAUGAAUUAUAUAAAAUCACUUUUUCAUCCAGGUUCCACAUUUUUGUUUAUGGCCCAACGUGGGCAUUUUUCACAAAUGUCUGGACUCUUCUGUGACCAGUGGUUUUUCGACUUUAAUGGCUGUGUGCCAAGUAAUUUUCUGGUGUUUUUAAUAAAUGCUAUUGUAAUAGUUGGA